UUUGUAAAAGCUCCAGCUGUCCUCUCAUCACUUCCGCCGUUUAUCCAUUUGAGAUUUGAGGCCGAGUGAACUACGAAUUUCACUUCCCAAUUCAACACCCCCCCUUUCCACAUACCACAUCUUUCUCAAAUGUUGACACCGUCUACCACCUAGUUGCAUUGUCUCGAGGCAGCACUCACCCACAAUGGCUGUCGCAACUGGCACCAACUCAACGCCUGUCGACUUACUUGUCAGCGUGGGCAAGAGCCAGAACACCAAAACCUUGUUAAGGGUUAUUAUUCUCUGCUUCAUUGCCGGCGCUGCAGUCGCAAGUCGACUGUUCUCCGUUAUUCGCUUCGAGAGUAUUAUCCAUGAGUUCGACCCGUGGUUCAACUUCCGAGCAACCAAGUACCUCGUUGCCAAUGGAUUCUACGACUUCUGGGAUUGGUUCGACGACCGAACAUGGCAUCCUCUUGGGCGAGUUACCGGAGGUACCCUCUAUCCUGGGUUGAUGGUCACAAGCGGCGUUAUCUACCAUCUCCUCCGAGCUUUGGCCGUUCCCGUUGACAUCAGAAACAUCUGUGUGCUUCUUGCGCCGGCCUUCUCCGGCCUUACUGCUUUCGCUUCUUACCUCCUUACCAAUGAGAUGACCACUUCCCCGUCUGCUGGUCUUCUUGCUGCAGCUUUCAUGGGUAUUGCCCCAGGUUAUAUAUCGAGAUCUGUGGCUGGUUCCUACGAUAACGAGGCUAUUGCCAUCUUCCUCCUUGUUUUUACCUUUUAUCUCUGGAUUAAGGCAUUGAAGCUAGGUUCUGUACUUUGGGGUGCCCUCUGCGCUCUCUUUUACGGUUACAUGGUAGCCUCGUGGGGUGGAUACGCCUUUAUCACAUGCUUGGUGCCUCUGCACGCUUUCGUGCUCGUGUGCAUGGGCAGGUUUAGCAUGCGCCUCUACGUCUCGUAUACCACAUGGUAUGCUCUUGGUACUUUAGCUAGCAUGCAGAUUCCGUUCGUCGGUUUCCUACCGGUCCGUACUAGCGAACAUAUGCCGGCUUUAGGUAUCUUCGGAUUCCUCCAACUUGUCGCUUUCCUUGAGUAUGUUCGGUCAGCCGUCCCAAGCCGUCAAUUCCAGACGUUCCUCUAUGUCGGUUUAGGUGGUGUCUUCGGCAUUUCAGUUCUCGGUCUGGUUGGUCUCACGACCCUUGGAUACGUUGCGCCCUGGUCCGGUCGAUUUUAUUCUUUAUGGGAUACAGGAUACGCCAAGAUCCACAUUCCAAUUAUCGCGUCCGUAUCCGAGCAUCAGCCAACCGCCUGGCCAGCUUUCUUCUUCGACCUGAACUUCUUGAUCUGGCUUUUCCCAGCUGGUGUCUACCUGUGCUUCCAGAGACUGGAAGAUGAGCAUGUCUUCAUCAUUGUGUAUGCCUUGUUUGGCAGCUACUUCGCCGGCGUCAUGGUGCGAUUGAUGCUCACUCUUACCCCUGUUGUAUGCGUAGCCGCUGCCAUUGCGGUUUCCCAAGUCCUUGACACGUACUUGGUCGCCAGAUCGCCGAUACCCGCAGACAACAAGGAGGAUGAGAACGUUGAUCCGAAGAAGGCAUCAAAGCACGGAGUACUCCGUACUACAUCACAACCCGUAGUAGGCAUUUACAACUUCUUGUCGAAGGGCUUCAUAGCUGGAUGCAUGACACUAUACCUACUCCUCUUCGUACAACAUUGUACUUGGGUAACUUCAAAUGCUUAUUCGUCACCUUCUGUUGUCUUGGCAAGCAGGAUGCCAGAUGGAAGUCAGCAUAUCAUCGACGACUACCGUGAAGCCUAUCAAUGGCUUCGGCAAAACACCAAAGAAGACGCCAAGAUCAUGUCCUGGUGGGAUUAUGGUUAUCAAAUUGGUGGCAUGGCUGACCGUCCCACUUUGGUUGACAACAACACGUGGAACAACACCCAUAUCGCCACUGUUGGUAAAGCUAUGAGCUCGCGAGAGGAAGUAAGCUACCCGAUCAUGCGCCAGCACGAAGUUGAUUAUGUUCUUGUCGUUUUCGGCGGUCUCCUCGGCUAUUCUGGUGACGACAUAAACAAGUUCCUCUGGAUGGUGAGGAUCGCCGAAGGCAUCUGGCCUGAUGAAGUCAAGGAGCGCGAUUUCUUCACUGCUCGAGGUGAGUACAGGGUUGAUGAUCAGGCUUCAGAAACCAUGAAGAAUAGUUUAAUGUACAAGAUGUCGUACUACAACUACGGCUCUCUCUUCCCACCCGGACAGGCCCAAGACCGCGUCCGAAACGCCCGACUUCCCGACAAGGGCCCAGUCCUCAACACGCUAGAAGAGGCUUACACUAGCGAAAACUGGAUUAUUAGAAUCUAUAAGGUAAAGGAUCUCGACAAUGUAGGCCGAGAUCAUACGGCUGCCGCUUCCUUUGAAAGGGGCCACAAAAAGAAGAAGGCAACUAAGAAGCGGGGACCCAGAGUUCUGAGAGUUGACUAAUGAAAUGGAAUUACGAGAUGAGGAUACGAAGUGUUGAUCGGGUAGGAAGAAAAGAUAAAGUGAUAGGCAGGUAGCCUAUCCUGGGUCAUAUUCAUACACAUACCGGUAAAGUUGGGAAUGCAGCCAUGGAUGGCUUGGCCACUGUACAGGUAUUGAACGCGAGGCAGGAAAAAAAACGUAUAUUCCCAAGUUAUCCAAACAAGUGCCCUAUAUCUUGCAAGAUGUGAACCCAAGUAUCAAGUAAAUGAAAUGAUAGCUUGCUUAAUGAGAAUGUCUGCAUAAUACAACAAUACCACAGGUAUCUCUGUUCACCUACUUCGGGGGACGACGAGUUACUUGUGAUUUUUCCUAAGUUCCAGGAGAUCCAAAAGCCAAAUCACAAUACACCUAGAGAAUACGAGCGAAUUACGGCAGAUAUAAAUCCCUAGGUAUAAAAAACGGCCAAGUGAAA